AUGUUUCAGCUUUGGAAACUUGUUGUCUUGUGCGGCCUACUCACUGGGACCUCAGCGUCUCUUCUUGAGGAUCUCGGCAAUGAUGUUGUGAGCAAGCUGAAACCUGUUCUCGAUAAAGGACUUGAGACCGUUGACACUAUCCUUCAGAAAUUGAAGGCCGACUUGGAGGCGCUCCAGGAAUCCACGUCUUGGCAGGAGGCCCAGCAGAAGAUCCAGGAAGCUGAGAACUUGUUGGAUAGAGCCCUUUCUAAAAUUUUUCAAGUAGUGGAAAAGGUUAUGCGGUUGAAAAUCAGUAACGUCCACAUCCUGGAUAUCAAAUUCGAAGUGACUCCUGAUGGCAAAGGCGCUAGCCUGAGUAUCCCCAUCACCACUAAUGUCACCCUGACCCUGCCUCUGUUGGGUGAGCUUGUCAACCUGGGCCUCAACUUGGACCUCCAGAGUAGUGUCAGCAUUGAAACUGAUGCCAAGACUGCUGUCUCCACAGUGGUCAUGGAAUAAUGCACCAACGACCCAGCCAACAUCUCACUCACCUUACCGGACAGCCCCAUUGGACUGGUCAGUGAAGCCGUGAACACUGUGGUCAAACUCGUGAGAAAGACAGUGUCCCUUGUGGUGCAGUAUGAGGUGAGUCCCCAACUCCUGUGGGCCCAGAGCCAGGCCUGCUGGGGGGCAGGUGUGACAUUACCUGGCCUGGCAGCAGGAGGAGGGGAGCAGGGGCCUGACAUUAGCUGA